AUGUCCUGCCACUUGGGUUUUGUACUGGAUGAUUCCUUCAGUUCUAUUAUUGGCCUAAUGUCAGGAUCCGCUGAUUGGUCUUCUCUAACUUUUUCAUCACUCCAUGGAUCUGGAUCAGUUGAUGUUGAAGAUGUUACUUGCCGAAUACUCGGAUUCGCCAACCCGUACUUAGCCUCGGCUCUUGAACAAUGGCUGCAGUGUGCAGGACAAGGAAAAGAUCCUUUUUCUUCCUGGAGCAUUCCACCAACUGGCAAGAACUGCUCUAAAUUUGACGACGAUAAUUUGUUAAACUUCAAAUCUCCAUUAGAGACUGCAUGCAACAGAAAACUUAAUUUUAUUUGUGAACACGAUCCAGUUACGUGUGGUAUGCCAGAGAGACCAGCAAAUUCCUCCAUAAUUAUGGGAUCAGCUGUUGGCUCCGAUAUUGAAUAUCAUUGUCAACCCGGACAUUUGCUUCAGGGUCCCCCCAAAAUAGCAUGCCUAGGCACAGGAUAUUUUUGGGGUGCUGCUCCCAAAUGCUUAUAUAUAGAAUGCGACUUCCCUGCCAGCAUUCCCAAUGGCGGCUACACUCUAGUAAACGGCACGAAAUAUUAUCAAAGCAUUGUGCAGUAUUUUUGCCAAGAAUCAUACGUAUUAGUAGGACAGUCGGAGUUGAUGUGUGAUGCUGAACGGAAAUGGAAUGGUUCACUUCCCAGAUGUGAUCCUAUUUUGUGCCACAAUCCACCAAGAAUAUCUCAUGGAAACGCAAGAGUGAUAGUGAAUAUAGGAGUUCCAUAUACAAUAGCGGAAUACACAUGCGAAGCUGCUUAUACACUGAUCGGUGAAAAGAGGAUUUCCUGCGAUUCUACAGGGUUCUGGACAUCUAAGCCCCCUAUAUGUUUAGGGAAGAAAAAAAUUAAGAUUUGUUAGAAAACUUUAUUUGCUAGAAUGACGUUGUACGAAUAAAUAACAAUAACCCAGAA